AAUUCCUCUGCCUGGCAAAAUACUUCAGUACGGGCUGACAAGAAGCCUAGCUCCUUUUCUGCCUUGGCGGAGUGGAGAUGUUAAUCCCAGCGUGGCUCGAUUUAACAAAAUUAAAGGUUGCUAUCAGGGAUCGGAUUAGACACCCCGAGAGCGAUGGGAAGGCGGAUGAUUGAGGUCCUGAGAAGUGCGGAGACCGAAUUGGAGCGAGGGACUAUCGCCGAAUCGCCGUUGAGCGCGCGCCGACAGCCGUUGGGUGCGCGUGCCGGUCGCCGAGGUCGAGUCUGACAGACGCGGAUCGGGAUCAGAGCGCGGACAAGAUGAGCAGCAAAGAAGGUGGCUUCAGAAAAAGGAAACAUGACAGUUUUCCACAUGGUCAUAGGAGGGAAGAGAAAGAUAGCAUCAAUUUUUCUUCAUCCAUAAUGACAUCCUUCAAGAUGUUUCAACUGGAACUUGAUACAAGACAUGAUAAAUAUGAAAGACUUGUGAAACUUAGUCGUGACAUAACUAUUGAAAGCAAAAGGACCAUAUUCCUACUUCAUAGAAUUACCAGUGCUUCCAAUGUAGAAGAAAUACUAACAGAAUCUGAAGUCAAAUUAGAUCUUGUGAGACAGAAGAUAAAACAAGUAGCACAAGAAUUGAUGGGAGAAGAUAUGCAUCAGUACCAUAGAGCUGUUUCUCCAGGUCUUCAAGAGUAUGUGGAAGCUGUUUCAUUUCAGUAUUUUAUCAAAACCCGGUCAUUAAUUAGCUUAGAGGACAUCAAUAAACAACUGAUAUUUACAGAAGAUAAUAAAGAAGAAGAAAGGAAGCCAUCUUCAGAUUCUCCUAAUAAGGAAAACAAUACCUGGAACAUAAAAGUGACACCUGUGGAUUAUCUUCUGGGAGUGGCUGAUCUAACUGGAGAAUUGAUGCGGAUGUGUAUUAAUAGUGUUGGCAAUGGUGAUAUAGAUACUCCAUUUGAGCUGAGUCAGUUCCUGUGUCAGAUUUAUGAUGGCUUUUCUUACAUUGGUAACACUGGACCGUAUGAAGUUUCUAAGAAGCUCUAUACUUUGAAACAGAGCUUAGCUAAAGUGGAGAAUGCCUGUUACACACUGAAAGUCAGGGGUUCUGAGAUACCAAAGCAUAUGCUAGCUGAUGUGUUCUCCAGUAAAACAGAAAUCAUUGACCAAGAGGAUGGACUUUCUUAAGCAUACUGGGAACCUCACAACACACAAGAUAAAGAACUACAGAAUCAGAGCAAAGCCAAGCCCUGGAUUUGCUUAUCAGAAAUCUUAGCCAUAAUUCAUGUUUUAUGAAUAGCUAAAGUAGAAUAUGUUGUUUUCUAAAACAGUUAUUGUGUAAUGAUUUAACAUGCCCCCCCCCCCAAGCUUAUCGCUCAGUGAAAAUGUUGAUUUUAUACAGGGACCACUUCUUAUAUUCUCUACUUUAGUAUUGUGGGCAAACUGCAGGUUACCUUAAACCAGGUACCAGUGAAGGACCAUAGUCCAUAAUAUACAUGCAAUAUGAUGACAAUUUGCUUUGUUUCAUUGUUGCUAUUAUUUAAGUGGUUAAAAUCUUUGACUGUUCAGAAUGUUCUGAUGUUUACAUGUUUGUUUUUAAAUGACUGAAGAGAAAGUUAAUUGAAUGGGAAAGAAUCUAGGAAAAGCUAACAAGUUUAGCUUAUACUAUUCUUUGGAUACUUUCAUAGUAUAUCUUUUUAUGUAUCUUAAUGUUGACUUUUAAUAGGUAAGUUAAUACUAACACCUUGCAAAUUAAGCCAAGCAAAAGCAGAUAUCUUGUAAAGACUUUUAGCAUAAAUAGAAUCAGUGGGUAUACUCAGUUAAAGUAUACCCUGUGGAAGGAUUUGGAAGAUAAUGCUCGAGAAAAUAAAUAAGAAAAAAUAUUUGAAAUAUGGUUUAAAGCUGAAGUUGACAGAAUUUGUAAAUUAUGUAUCUGUCCUAUGUAUGUUUUUCAAAGGAUUAUGAUAUUGUUUUGUGUAUUUAGUUAAUCACUUGCUUCAGAUUUUCGAUUAGCCACUCCAGCUUAGACUUUAACUUCCUUUCUGUGAACAGAAUAGAAUUAAAUUUAUAGAACAGGCUUUCCUGCUUCCCUUUUCUGUGCGUAGCCCUGUAUCUUUUGUAAAUCUGUUCCUGAGAACAGGGAACUCUUGAGCAUGGUGUGGAAUAAAUUAUAAAAGGCCUGGUUGGUAGAAAUUACUUGUACGAAUGUAAGAAUUCAGGGUCCAAGUCAUUGUGUUCUGUGGGAAAUGUAAACAUAAAAGUAGGUGAGGAUCCAGGCUCUCUACUAUACACAAACACAUUGAAUUUCCUACCACAGUUCUUCCAUGUUUUUAUAUUGCUGAUAUUUAGCAUGGUCUAUUUUCAGAUACAUGAUAUAGUACAGCAGUAUUUUGCCACCUUUUUAAGAAUCACCAGAUUUCUCAUAUGAUAAAAAUUUAGAAAGCAGUCUUUUCCUCCCAUUAUAAGGCUUAACGAUGUUUCUGCAUUUUUAUAUAAUAAAGGCAUCUUGUAAAAGUA